AUGAGUAGUGGUGUAAAUGCACGAGAAUCUGAGAAUGCAAUGUGUAAAACUGUUAAGUAUCUUUAUGAUCCAAAUAGCGGGGCUAAAGCUAUGCGAAUAGGAUAUGAGUUAUUACAGCAGGACAAGCGUGUGGCAUUUAUUCUAACAAAGUCUAUGUUUAUUAUGGGAUAUGAAUGGAAAACAAUAAAAAAAGGAUUUUUCAGAUAUAAAUACCGCUUAGGUGAACUUUAUUGUGUAGCUUAUAUAAAUACUGUAGAAGCAGGCAUAUCUUUUGAAAAAACUAAUCAUUUUGAUGCAGUUAUAGGAAUUACAAAUAUUGUAACUCCAGUUAAUGUUGAAGCCUUUAUUCAGAUGAUGUUUCAGAUUUAUGAUUGUAAAAAGCGUAUACUAUCCCUCUAUUAUCAAAAAAAUUCCAAUGAGCUUUUUUGCCUACCAGGUUAUAAAAAUAUUCAUGCUGAACUCGAAAAUGUUACACCUAAUGAUUUGCCAACAGCAAUAAAAGAGCAUCACGAAUGGGAUAAAAAUAUUGUAUCAUAUAAAUUUGAUCAAUCACCUGCCAUAAUAUUAUACCUCAAAGUUGAGCAUCAGAAAUGUUUUUUUUUCAAGGAAACAGAUUUUGAGGCAGCUGUCACUUUCCGGAAUCUUGAUCCUGAAGAAGCUGAAAAUUUUAAGUUUGACUAA